AUGGAUGAUGAGUAUCUAAGGUCAUCAAUAUAUCACAUGGAAGAUCCCAGCAACCCGGAGGGUGUCAAAGAGAUUCGACCCUGUCAAUCUCCCAACCUGUUGCUGGUGAGCUGGAUGAGCCUCCCUUUCAAAGGUGCAGUCUUUGGAUGGGGAAGUCCAAUACUAACUAGCAAAGUGGACUACAUUGAAGGGACAGGGCACCUCCUGCCACAAAAUGCUGAUGGGAGUCUGUCCUUGACAAUUUGCUUGGAAGCUGAAGCUAUGGAGUCCUUCAAGAGGCUGUUCUAUGAGACUGACACUUGA